UCCUUCAUGCACUGCCACUCCCAAACUAACAGUAUAAAACCCUCAGCUAAACUGAGACCAUCACUAAGCUGCUCUGUGCAGAUCUCAUAACGCACCAGCAAUGGACGGAUCAUACUCCGAAGAAGUUCCACAAACUAUAUUCCAACAAAAGUUUUACCGGAUUCCUGCGAUUUUGAAGGUGGAAGAAAAUCUUCUGGUCUUUGCUGAACAAAGGAAUGGAAAAGCUGAUGAGGCUGCAGAGAGGCUGAUUAUGAAAACAGGAGAGUUAAAAAAGGAGAAUGAACGUUAUACAGUGAAGUGGACCGAGCAAAGAGUGGUGGAAGAAGCACACAUUGAUGGAUACCGUACCAUGAACCCCUGCCCAGUGUACGACAGCGCAAACAAAAAAGUCUACUUGUUCUUCAUCUGUGUAGAAGGCACCUAUACCGAACAAUGGCAAAUAAAAAAUUACUGCAACAAAGCCCGCCUCUGCUACAUCACGAGUGAGAAUCUUGGACAAACCUGGAGUGGACUGACUGAAUUGACUGACCUUCUACCUGAGAAUUGUGUCACUUUUGCUGUGGGGCCUGGUCAUGGGCUUCAAACAGAGAAUGGGACACUAAUGGUUCCAGCUUAUGUUUAUGUAGGUGUGAAGCCUGCAAAACCUAUUCCACGUGCUGUCUCCCUGUACAGCAAUGAUUCUGGUAAAAGCUGGCAUUUUGGCUCUUUGCUUGAAGAAGAAUCAAUAGAGUGUCAAAUGGCUGAGGUAUCUGAUGCAAGUGGCAGAUUCAUCUACUGCAAUGCCCGCAGUAAGGGAUGCUAUCGGGUGGAAGCUUCUAGUGACAAUGAAGGACAAAGCUUUACCAUACAUAGUGAGAAAACACUUUGCGAAACAUGUUGUGGCUGCCAGGGAAGUGUGGUCUCCUUCCCAGCUCAAACUGAAGCUGCAGCAGAAGGUGUUGCAACCCAAUGGCUGUUAUACACCCACCCCCGCUGUAAGUGUAAAAGGUGUGAUUUAGGUGUGUAUCUGAACAAAACCCCAUCUGAUCCAAAGGCAUGGAGCAAAGCCUGGAUCCUGUACAAAGGACCCAGUGCUUACUCAGACCUGGCUUACCUUGGUGAUGGUUGGUUUGCGUGUCUGUUUGAAUGUGGGAAGAAUCACGAAACUGAGCAGAUAGCUUUAAAAAUCUUUCACUUCAAACAGGUUCAGGAAGGCAUCGAAGGGAAUUGUUGUACCCUUUUUUAACCGUGCCGAGAACGGUCUGAGUUCUGUACCUUAGAUAACUAUUGAGUGUAAAUGGAACACAAACUGAAAUGAACCAGACACAACCGGACCGUGCUAAAUCUAGACCAGUUCCAUAGGUGGGUUCAGCUCGGUUUUUCUCUGGCCCGGUUCUCUUAUAACAAAGAGCGCAUGAGCAGACCGUGUCAUCUCCUUACAGCCAGCUGACAUU